AUGUCUUCAGAGAGUGAUGGUGAUGAAGACGGGUCUACAAAGUUACCCGUAGACUCGAAAAAGAGGCGAUUUGAUAACUCAGUAAAAUCGAACGAUGUCGAUAAGUAUAAACCUUACUCUAAACCCGAGUAUAAGCGAUCCUACCCGGAUAAUAAUAACAUAGAAGAGUUUCCCGUUUACGUACAGGGAAUUAAAAUGGAAGAUAAGAUAGGUAAUAAAAAUCCUUUGCAUUUAUCAAAAAUAUUCAAAAACGUGAAGGGCAUUAAGGAAUGUCGUCGAGUUAAUGCGGCCAAAAUUAUGCUGGUUUUCAAACAAGCUGCAGCUGCUAAUGAUUUUCUGAGUCACGUUAGCUUACGUGACAAUAAUAUGAAAGCUUUUGUACCAGCCUCUUCGGUGGAGCGAGUGGGUAAAAUUCGUUUUAUCCCUAAAGAAUGCAGUAACGCGGAUUUAUACCACAAACUAAUGGCUGACUCUGAAAUUGUUGGUGUUAGACGUUUUAUGAAAAGAACUUGUGAUGGUCUGGAACCUCUUACUACUAUAAGCGUUACCUUUGUAGGAACUGUUCUCCCUCAGUAUGUUUAUUUAGACAACUGGCGUUACAAAGUUUUCACUUAUAUUCCUCCUCUCAUGCAAUGUUUUAAAUGCAUGAAAUUUAGACACAGUGCCAAAGUAUGUAGAAACAAUCAGGUUUGUUCAAAGUGUUCAGGUGGUCAUUCCUAUAAGGAAUGCUCAGCUGAAUUUUUAAAGUGUGUUAACUGUGGAGGAGACCACUUGGCAGUAUCUAGGUUUUGUCCUCAAAAAGCAGCUCAGAUUAAAAAACAUGAAAAUAAUUAUUCAUCUAAAAUGUAUUCAACUGUAUUAUUGUCAAGUGAUUUUCCUCAGUUACCUAAUGAUAAAUCAGUUGUAAAGUUGGCUCAUAAUAAAUUAGCUCCACCUGCUGUCCAACCUAAGAAAAAAAAGUUAUCACAAAAUUCAUCAGAUAAUUCAAUUUCAGUCCAGUCUGCUCCUCCUAAUAGUGGUUCCUAUGAUCAGCUCAUUAAAGAUGAUCAGUUCUUGAGUAAAAUUAUCAAAACUUUAGUUAUGUUAGGCAAUUCUAAUACAGUAAACACAACUGCACACAUUAAGGAUAUAUUAAUACAAAACUUAACAAAAUAA